UAAAUUCGCCAUGCAAGGGGUCGUCUUUAUGCCGCAGAAUCCUCAGCAAGGCUCCCCACCUCCGAACGGCGUGACCGUCACCGACAUGGAAGAACUGCCCGACAUUAAACAAGAGCUUUGUGCCGCCGGUCAGAGCUACCAAAGCGACUCAGGCGUCUUCUCUGCCAACACGACUCAGGGCGACGCUGACGCCCGCAGCGACUGCAGCUCGCCCGAACGCAAGUACGUCUGUCCGAUCUGCGAUACCAUUUUGGCGUCGCAGCACGACUUCACCCUCCACAUCAGAUCGCACAACAACGAAUCCGAAGAGCAAAAGUCGUUCUCUUGCAAGAUAUGCCGCAAGGUGCUCAGCUCCAACUCUAGCCUCGACAGGCACGUGUUGGUUCACAGCGGCGAGAGACCUUUCCAGUGCAAGCACUGCGGCGACACAUUCACCACCAACGGAAACAUGCACCGGCACAUGAGGACUCACUCGACCAAAGAGAACUACGAAUCGGAUGGCAGUACGACAGACAGCGGCAGCUCCAAGAGCACCGAGUUUAACAACAACAAAGUAGACACGAAAUUCAACAACAAGAGGAAGCUGGACACGACCGAUUACGUUACCAAAAGACGUGAAGCGCGUCGCGAUGGCGAAGAAACGUCGCGAUUCCAGUGCCCCGUGUGCGACAGGUCGGAUUUCAGUACCGUCGGCAACUUGGAUGCUCACCUGUAAGACAAUCAUCCAGAGUAUCCGGCCAAAUGCACCUUGUGCAAGCAAGUGUUCUCCAAUAACAAACUGUUGAUGGUCCACAAGGCGGCGGCUCAUGAAACCAACCAGCCCAAACACCCAUCUAUACUCGGGUUCAAAGAUUUGACCUUCGUUGAUUUCUCCAGCAACAAGUUCCCUAUCAUCGCAAAGCACGAGUGCGAAACGAACCUCCAUAAGGUGGCGGGAGGAUUAAAGUUUCAAUGCCGCAAAUGCUCGCGAGCUUUUCCUUGUCUGGAGAUCCACGAGAACUCCUGCGCGGACGUGCAGGCUUUGAAAUCGCACGACCAGAACAUAUCAGGUGCUGACAUCAGAUGCGCUGAGUUUUUGUCCAGGUUGAACUUGAUGCAGGACGAGAAAUUCGCAAAAGAAGACCCGAUCAAACUCAGGGAACACCUCGCCAAAGCGAUGGACAACACGAGAGACUUAGCCGACAUCCAGUCGAUCUUAUCCAACAUCAACCUGCAGAAGAUGCACGCCAAACCGGCAGACCACAAACCCGCAGUCAAACCCAACGUCGAAGACUGCUCGAAGGGCGAACAGGACGACGAGUCGCAGGACUCAUUCGCCAUAGAGUUCAGGAAAAUGAAGAUGCGAGGCGAGUUCCCCUGUAGACUGUGUACCGCCGUGUUCCCGAACCUGCGCGCCCUCAAGGGCCACAACAGAGCCCAUUUGAACGGUAACGCCAACGGCACGUACUUCUGCAACAUGUGUCCUCACUCGUCCGUCGAUAAGGCGGCGCUUAUCAGGCACAUGCGCACUCAUAACGGCGACAGGCCCUACGAAUGCUCACUUUGCAACUACGCAUUCACGACCAAAGCGAACUGCGAGAGACACUUGAGGAAUCGGCAUUCCAAGACUACCCGCGAAGACGUAAAGAAAUCGAUUAUUUACCACCCCUCCGAAGAUCCGACCAACGACGAUCUCAACAAGCUCAAUGUCAAAGACGAACCGAAGAAAACGCCCACCCCAUCGGGAGUUGACUUGAGCGACCUCAAUCCUGUCAAGCUUCACUGUUCCACUCCCAAAACGGAGGCCAAGCCUGAUUUUGCUUCACCCCCUUUGAUUCCCGACCUACAGGCACUGCAACCUACCAGGUUUCCAGCAGCGGUGGACUUUAUUCGUAACGAAAACAUUCGAUCGUUAAAGAGAGGCAUCUCGAAUUUCUUCCCCCAGCCAUUCGGUCUCCUCCCCAAGCCCGAGAACCUAACACCAACCCUCCAGGUGAAAAAACUCGACCAGUUGCAAGACCAACCACGAGUAUUCGAGCCUGAACCUUACCGGGAAGAACCGCCUGUGGUGGAAGAGGCCCUAGAUUUAAGCAAGAAAAAAGUAGAGCUUGCGGACGUGGCCAUGGACGUUCCUCAAGACCUGACCAAAAAGUCGUCGCCAGCAUCGCCGAGAUUUCCCAUUAACGAGCUGCUGUUGAAAUCGCCUCCACAGAUUGACCCAGCCGCCCUUUAUGCCACCCACCUAGCGCACCUCUACCGAAGCGGUUUUCCUGGAUGGACGGGCUUUCCAGUCAACCCCCUGCUCUUCCCCGCCUUGCCUGGUCCUCAAGAGAUCAAGGAGCGCAUGCAACGGUUUCAAUUGUGCGGAGGCAGCGUCAUUGGCGAAGACUUUAAACCAUUCCCGAAUAUUCCGCCUCCAACGGCCGACGUCACGGCUGCUAAUUUGACCCGGGAACCAGAGAUGAAACCUUUGAAUCUAAACGUGGAGACCGGUUUCAGCGACAGCAGUCCGAGGCUUCAGAGUCCUGGUCAGCAGACGGUCAACGGAGACCCUAUGCAGUCACCCAACUCGGUCAAAAUGAUAAUCAAGAACGGCGUGUUAAUGCCGAAACAGAAACAGAGGCGCUACCGGACGGAAAGACCGUUCACCUGCGAACAUUGUUCAGCUAGAUUCACGCUGCGCUCGAACAUGGAGCGACACAUCAAGCAGCAACACCCUCAUUAUUGGUCGCAAAGACAGAGAGGUAAUAUCGGCCACCCACCCAGGAAGAUGGUGAGCGGUGUAGUGACGAAACCGACCUUUUGCGACUUGAACGUGCCCAGUUUCGAGAUGCCGAAAGUGUACGACUACCAGGAGUCGAAGGAACAGAUCAGCGAAAAGUUGAAGUACGCGAUACUCGCGCAGCAGUUGCGCUCGAAUCUUGGAGGAGGAGCGAAACCCAUAGAGAACGGUAAGAAAGAGGAAGACGAAGACUGCGAAUUGGUGAUCGACGAGAACGAUGAUGUCAACGGCCAAAGGAGCGAUCAAAAAGCAGUAGGAAAGGGAGAGGAGGACCUGGUACCGGUGUCGAGGUUGCUUGAUAACGCGUCGCAGCAGCAGUUUAAACAGUUUUUUAAGCGGGAUCCGGAAGACUCGGAGGUGGGGGCGAGCGAAGAAGACGAAGAGGGUUUAGUAGCGGGCGGCAGCACCAGCGAGGAGAACGUCUCCGGGACCGAUGAAAACAAAUCGGAAUCGGAAACUGCGGCAACCGCAGCACCGGCCAAGAAGAAAUCCGCGUACUCUCUAGCUCCCAAUCGAGUCAGCUGUCCGUAUUGUAGCCGAAAAUUCCCUUGGACCUCCUCUCUACGACGCCACAUCCUCACCCACACCGGUCAGAAACCGUUCAAGUGCAGUCACUGCCCUCUCCUCUUCACCACCAAAUCCAACUGCGACCGUCACCUGCUGCGAAAACACGGCAACACGGCAACCACCAUCACCAACGAGGUGGCUGGCAACGCAGCGGCGGCAGCAGGCUACCUCAUGCGGAACGUACCUGAGAGGCCGUUUAAGUGCUCCAGCUGCCCUAGCAGCACUUUCUCCACGUACUCCAACCUGAAAAAACACAUCAACGGCAAACACUCGACCAAUGCGCAAGGCGACGACAUCAAAGCUCAGGGUUACGAAGCUGGCAGUUCUGAGGACGAGAAAGGAGGGACCCAAACUGAGACUAAAAACGAAUGGGAAAACCAAAUCGGAUACGGCAGGUUCCCCGUCGAACCGCACGCAAACCAAACGCUCAACUCUGAUCUGCCUUUUAAGUGUCAUUUAUGUGAAGGUUCGUUUGCCGAACGUCACGACGCUUUAGACCAUACCAGGGACAAGCACGCUUCCGAAUACGAUCUGCUGAUGUCCAAGAAUGCGUUGGAUACGAAUGCGACUACACCAGAUGAUGCUGCCCACCAUGACGACGACGACGACCAAGACGCUCGGGGCAAGUUCCCAGAUUACAGUAACCGGAGCGCAUGGUGUAUGCGAAGGUUCUGGUCCGCAGAAGAUCUGCGCAGACACAUGCGCACACAUACAGGUGAACGACCGUUCAGCUGCGACAUCUGUAGGCGUAGGUUCACCCUGAAGCACAGUAUGUUGAGGCAUCGAAAGAAACACAACGUUAAUGGAGGUCCGGAUCAGGAUGGAAACGGGAGCGAGGAUGAAGGGAUAGAGAAAAAGAACGGCGAAAAGACAGACGAGUCGGACGGGAACGAGGGUGAUCUUAUCAGUAACUUGUUGGGAAUUAGGGACAGGUCGAUCAUAGAUCGGGUGUUGGACGCGACUGCUGACGACGCAGCUAAACUGCUAGGCGUGAAACCCAACAUUAAGUAACGCAGCAGGGUUGGGGGUAUUUUUAUUUCAAUAAAUUGAAUGGGUUUUUGGUAUUCGCCAAACGGAGCCGACACGAAGUCUGUAGAAACAGGACGAUACAGGUGUGAGCGAUGACCGUUACGCUAUUAUUUAUUUCAGGGAGUUGGUUUGCCCGACCGAAUAUUGACACACAAUUCUAAUAGAUUUCUCACUAGAUACCAAUAUGUUCUACUUUUGCUCUAACGCCUUUAAUAUUUUAAAACAAUAGAUCAAAUAGAUCAAAAACUCCAAAAAUAAAAACCGAAAACUUAACACAAAACAUUAGUAAAUAGUAGAUGAUUUAUCUCAAAACACAUAUAAAUGCUUUUGUAAACCGUAACCUCACUUACUGUUUGGUUAAAAUGUUGGACGAGUCCAAGUUCUUCCACUUGAUUCAUAUUCCACUGACUUGAACCUAAUAAUGGCAAAGUGCAAUAGGUAUCCUAAUUGUAAACUAAUUUAUUAGACUGUUCCUGAAAAGCUGAAAGGUACAAAUCCUCCUUACGGCUUCAAAGUAAACAAAAAAAAACAAGCUAAACGCUAAACGCUUGACAACUUGACAAAAAUAUUAAAAAUUAUCAACGAUGCAUAUUCCAUAUUAUGUUGUUGUUGUG